AUGGCGAACGACGGCAAGAUCGAGGAGAUCAACUCCAACUCGGGCUCCGGCUCCGAGGAGAUGCUGCGCUCGCGCAGGGCGCCUGCUGGCUCGCGCAGAGCCGCCGCUGGCCCACGCCCGCACGUUCUACGCUCAGCUGCCGGCGAGCAUGGCCCAGCCUACCCCGGCGGACACGACGCCCGCUCCGGCGCCCAUGCGCCCGCCGCCGCCUACGCCGGCAUCUCGCGCCCGCGCAUGGCCUUCUCGCUGCCGGACGAGCUGCCGCGCGCAUCCGCCGCCACUCCCUACGACCAUCGAGGCGCGAUCGCACGCCGCCUCCCGGCCGCCACGCCCUACGAUGCCGGCGAGGAUGCCGCUGGUGCUGCCACUGACGGCCCUGCUGGCGACCUCGCCUCGCCAGCGGCUUCAGUCCUCGCACCGCACUUUGCCGCCGCCGCCGCCGGCCACUCACUCGCCUCGCCGCUCAGCUACGGCCUCGCCUCGCUCGCCGCCGCCGCCGAUGGCGACGACGAGUUGGACGACACAAGCGUAGACCUCAACACUUCGCACGAGCGCCUCAACGCCGCCCGAAGGCAGCCGGUCGCCACCUCGUCAGCAUUUGGCUCCGCCCACUUUGCGCCCGCCGGUCUUUGCCGCACCGCCCCCGUCCCCGACGACAACUCGGACAUCACCCGCCUUGUUCUUGGCAAGCGCCGCCGCCGCGACGACGCCGACCGCGACGACGGCAUCGUGGCCGAGCAUCUCGAGCGUGCUAAGCGCGCGCGCCCGCUGCCCCUUCCAGCCGUCCUCGCCCAGACCUCACCCGACGACAUGGUUAUGGCCAAGAGCGACCUCCCGCAGGCCUCGCCGUCUAAGACCCGUAAGCGCCGCUUGGUCUCGAUCACUGACGCCGACGAUACCGCCGACGCCGCCGCCUCGGCCCGCUCCCAGGCCCCGGCGCUCUCUCGCCUCAACUCGCCGGUCAACAGACCCAAGCGUGCCAAGCCGCUCGACAGCAGCCCCGCCUCCAAGCGCUCGCGCAAGUCCAAGCGCUCGCGCAAGUCCAAGCGCAAGUCCAAGCGCUCGGCAAAGGCAAAGCGCUCCAAGCGCCGCAAGCGUAACAAGCGCCACUCGUCGUCGGCCAGCGCCGACUCGGCCAUCUCGGCCCACGACUCGUCGUCCGGCUCGUCGCUCGGCCCGCUCUCCAUUGGCGUCCUGCGCUCACCGCCAAGCACCUUGUUUGCGCCCGGUCGUGACGCCGCCACCGCCGCCGAUCCGACCUCGCACCCGAGCCAGGUCUCCUCCUUUCCUCCAGCCGCCAUCCAGCGCCAGCCGAGCGGCCUGGUGGUUGACGUUGCGUCCACCACCCGUGACAUGGGCCACGUUCACAAGCUCCCUUCGCAGCCGUCGAACGUGGUCGACGCCCUCUCUCCGCCGCAAAAGACCGGCCGCAUCCGCUACCGCAUCAAGUUCUCCACCACCCGCGGCAGCGGCCCGCCGAGCGAGCUCGCCAAGGGCCGCCGCGGCUCGGUCAUCGACGUCCCUCGCGCAGACUCGGUUCUCGGUGAUGACGACGACGACCUUCACGAGACCAUCCAGCACGUCCUCCGCCAAGCCGCGGCCCGUGCCGAGGAGGCCGAGAACCCAAAAGCGGGCCGCUCGCUCCUCAAGGAUCCUAUGACCUCCGAUUUCAACUCGACAAAGUCUAUGACGCUUGGCACCAUGAUCGAGCCCAAGUCGAGCGGCGACAGCGCAGCCGCCAAGGCCAAGGUCUCGUUCAAGCUCCCAGGCUCCAACGCCGCAAGCGAUGCAGCCCCGCCUCAGACUGCCAAGGGCGGCUCGGUCCCGUCAAAGGGCUUCUCGUUUGGUGCGCCGAGCAAGACUGCCGCGCCCAAGGCCGACGCCGCAGUGGCCGGCGAUGCCAAGCCGGCUGCCUCGGCCAGUGCCGGCGGCGCCAAGUUCUCGUUUGGCAAACCGGCGGCAACUGCAGCGGCCGACGAUGCAAAGCCUGCUGCCUCUGCUGGCGGUGGCAAGUUCUCGUUCGGCGCGCCGAGCAAGACUCCUGCGCCCAAGGCCGACGCCACCAAGGCCGACGAUGCAAAGCCUGCAGCCGCUGGCGGCGGCGGCGGCACAAAGUUCUCGUUUGGCAAGCCGGCAGCUCCCGCAGCGGCCGACGAUGCAAAGCCUGCUGCCUCUGCUGGCGGUGGCAAGUUCUCGUUCGGCAAGCCGGCAGCGCCCGCAACAGCCGACAAUGCCAAGCCAGCAGCCAAGGCCAGCGGCGGCGGGCUCAACAAGUUUGCCUUUGGCAAGGCCGAUGGAGCCGCUCCUGCCAGCAGCAAGCCGUCUCAGUCGGCGCCUGCCCAGGCCGCCAAGGCCUCCCCGUUUGCGAUUCCCUCGACGCCUGCUGGUGGCGCGAAGGGCAAUCCGUUCGGCGCCGCCGGAGCGGCGCCAGCAUCCAAGCCCGCAACGUCGACCAACCCGUUUGCCGGUGUCAACCCCAAGUUUACCGGCGCUGCCGGUGCAAAGCCGGCCUUUGGCGCCGGUGCAAAGCCGACCUUUGGCGCUGGUGCUGCCCCGCCGGCCGCCGGCAAUCCGUUUGCCACAGGCGGCGGCGGAGCAGCCAAGCCAGCGUUCGGUGGCAGCAGUGCUGCCCCGCCGGCCGGUGGCAAUCCGUUUGCCGCAGGCGGCGGUGCAUCCAAGCCGGUGUUCGGCGGCGGCGCAAAGCCAGCGUUUGGCGGCGGCGGUGCCCAGCCGACGUUUGGCGGCGGUGGUGCGCCCGCAGGCAGCAAUCCGUUUGCCGCAGGCGGCGGGGCAUCCAAGCCGGCGUUUGGCGGCGGCGGUGCCCAGCCGGCGUUUGGCGGCGGCGUAAAGCCGGCGUUUGGUGGCGGCGGUGCCCAGCCGGCGUUUGGCGGCGGCGCAAAGCCGGCGUUUGGUGGCGGCGGUGCGCCCGCAGGCGGCAAUCCGUUCGCCGCAGGCGGCAAUACGCCCGCGUUCGGUGGCGGCGGUGGCGGCGCAAGCGGGAACCGCUUCGGCGGCGCCGGCAACACGCCAGCCUUUGGCGGUGGCGCCGCUGCAAGCGGCAAUCGCUUUGGUGGUGGCGGUGGCGGCGGCGGCAGCGGCGUCAGCUCCAUCUUUGGAGGUGGCGGCGGUGGCGGCGGCAGGCAAUCGCUCCGCGAUCGUGAGGCCCAGCGGCGGGCUCGGGUCAAGAACUUCCGUAAGUAAUUGCAGGCGCUGCAUAUUGUGUGUGGCGAUCGUCUUUGCAUCUUUAACCGGCAACCUGACAUCUCUCAGUGUGGGUCUUGGUACCGCUCGUCUGCACAGCGCUGGUCUGCACAGCGCUGGUCU